AUGUUCGAGGAGAGGGUGAAGAAGCAGAUCAAGUCGAUACAGUUCGGACUAUUUUCGCCAGAGGAGAUAAGAAACGGAAGUGUUGUGUUGGUAGCGCACCCGGAGGUCAUGGAGAAUGGAGUGCCUAAACCAGGGGGGCUGAUUGAUCUGAGGAUGGGAACCACAGACAGGAUGUAUCUGUGCCAGAGCUGUGGAGGAGACAGCUUUUCAUGCCCAGGACACUUUGGUCACAUUGAGCUAACAAAGCCGAUGUUUCAUGUUGGAUAUGUGUCGAAGAUCAAGAAGGUUCUGGAGUGUGUUUGUUUUUAUUGCUCUAAAAUCAAGAUAGCAAAGACAGGAGACAAGGCCACGCUGAAUGGGGUAUGGAAUGCUUGCAAGACAAAAGGCAUGUGCGAAGGAGAUAUGGUUGAAGGAGGAAGAACUGGGUGUGGAAACAAGCAGCCGGUGAUAAAGAAAGAAGGGCUAAGUCUUGUAGCGUUUAUGAAAGGAGAGGAAAGCGGAGAGGGUAAGGUGAUGCUGAAUGGCGAGCGUGUAUACAGCAUAUUCAAGAAAAUAAGCGAUGCAGACUGUGAACACAUGGGAUUUGACCUGAAGUACAGUCGACCGGAAUGGAUGAUUCUUACUGUGCUUCUUGUUCCUCCACCGACGGUGAGGCCAUCUAUUGUGAUGGAAGGCUCGCUGCGUGGAGAGGAUGACCUAACACACAAGCUUGCAGACAUAAUCAAGUCUAAUGGAUACCUGAAGAAGUAUGAACAAGAAGGAGCACCUGGGCAUAUAUUGCGUGAUUACGAGCAGCUGCUGCAGUUUCAUGUUGCCACGCUGAUUGACAAUGACAUUGGAGGGCAACCACAAGCGCUGCAAAAGAGUGGAAGACCGUUGAAAUCAAUAUCAGCGAGGCUGAAAGGAAAAGAAGGGCGGAUAAGAGGAAACCUGAUGGGUAAAAGAGUGGACUUCAGUGCAAGGACGGUAAUAACACCUGAUCCAAACAUUAGGCUUGAGGAGGUUGGUGUUCCGGUUGAGGUGGCGAAGAUACAUACGUUUCCAGAGAAGGUGACUUCAUUCAACAUUGACAAACUAAACAAACUUGUGAAGAUGGGGCCGAACGAGCAUCCUGGAGCAAACUAUGUGAUACGAUCUGAUGGUCAGAAGAUAGACCUUAGCUUCAACAGAAGUGACAUACGCCUUGAGGAAGGAUAUGUUGUUGAGAGACACAUGCAAUCUGGAGAUGUAGUUUUGUUCAAUAGACAGCCAUCAUUACACAAAAUGUCUAUGAUGGCACACUAUGUAAGGGUUAUGGAUAACAAGACGUUCAGGCUGAACUUGAGUGUUACAUCUCCAUAUAAUGCAGACUUUGAUGGAGACGAGAUGAAUUUGCACAUGCCACAGAGUUAUACGUCGAAGUCUGAGCUUGAAGAAUUGGUUCUUGUGCCGAACCAGAUUAUAUCGCCGCAGUCUAACAAACCUGUGAUGGGGAUAGUCCAAGACACACUUACAGGGCUCAGACUCCUUACGCUUAGAAACACAUUUCUAGACGAACGAGAGACAAUGUCGCUACUUUAUGCGGUGAAUUCUCAGUUUGAUGAUAUGCCAGUCGGGGAGAAUGCAAGAGCAGAGUUCAAGAGGACUAAGGAGUAUGACAUCAUGAAGGUUCUAGCAAGACCAAGUAUAGCAAAACCAAAGAAGCUGUGGACAGGAAAGCAGGUGCUGAGUUUUAUUCUACCAUGCCUGAAUUAUUCUGGAUUCUCAUCUGAGCAUAAUGAUGAAGAUAAAGAAAAUGCAAAUGACACGGUUGUGCGAAUUCAGGAUGGGAUUAUUCACUCUGGAAUUAUUGACAAGAAAGCAGCAGGAGCAGUGCAGGGAGGACUGAUUCACAUUAUUUUCAAUGAUUUUGGGCCUAGACGUGCAGCGCAAUUUUUCAACAGUGUCCAGAAGAUGGUGAAUGCAUUUGUGACUGGGAUACAUUGUUUUUCGAUUGGGAUAGGAGAUACUAUUGCAGAUGCAAAUACGGUAGAUAUGGUGAAGGAAGCGAUUGCAAAAGCAAAGGAGGAUGUUGCAGUGAUUAUAAAGAAUGCACAGCAGAACAUGCUUGAAAGGAUGCCUGGAAUGACGAUGAAGGAAAGUUUUGAGAGUCAGUUGAAUCUUGUGCUUAAUAAGGCGAGAGAUGUGAGUGGAACGAGUGCACAGCGCAGUCUCAGUGGAAAUAAUAACAUGAAGACUAUGGUUCUUGCAGGGUCGAAGGGGUCCUUUAUCAAUAUUUCUCAGGUCACUGCAUGUGUAGGGCAGCAGAAUGUGGAGGGAAAGCGAAUUCCAUUUGGGUUUUUGCACAGAACUCUUCCACACUUUGUGAAGGACGAUUACACUGGAAGAAGCAAGGGAUUUGUUGAGAACAGUUACUUGAGCGGAUUGGGACCUGAGGAGUUUUUUUUCCAUGCGAUGGGAGGGCGAGAAGGGCUUAUUGACACUGCUAUUAAGACUGCAGAGACAGGAUAUAUACAAAGAAGGCUGAUAAAAGCUCUUGAGGAUGCAAUAGUGAGACAAGACGAAAGCGUAAGGAGUGGGAGUGGAUUUGUGUAUCAGCUGAAGUAUGGAGAGGAUGGAUUUGAUGCAACGUUUCUUGAAGGCCAAAAGGUUGAAGUGCGUGAUUUUAAGCGAAGAUACUAUAUUGACAUGUUUAGCACAGAGGAGCUUAGAGUGAAAGAAUGGGAAGUGUCAAGUGAAGUGUACAAGAUGCUCUGUUCUGAUGUUGAUCUCCAGAAGCAGCUAGAUGAGGAGUAUGAAUGGCUUGUUCGAGAGGUAUUUGAAGGUCCAGAGAUUGAAGAUAUAGGAGAAGUGGAUAUUGAGAGGGAUUAUAGAGCAAAACGAAUGUAUACUGAAUCAGUGAUGAGUCCAUGUAACUUUGGAAGACUCAUUGGUACAGCAAAGAGGAUAUUUGAGGUGAAUGCAGGAGAUGUAUCACCAUAUUACAUACUCAAUGCACAAAAGGAGCUGAUGACAUCGAACAAAAUUCUUAAUGUGUUGAUCAGGAGCAAUUUGAAUGUAAAGAGGAUUCUUAUUGAACAUAAGCUUAAUGCAGAAGCGUUUAGCUGGGUGGUUGAGGAAAUAAGGUCUAAGAUUAUGAAAGCAAAGAUAACACCGAAUGAAAUGGUAGGGACAUUGGCAGCGCAAUCAGUGGGAGAGCCUGCUACGCAGAUGACCUUGAACACGUUUCACCUUGCAGGGGUCGCAUCUACUGUUACAAUGGGUGUGCCAAGGCUGAAGGAGAUAUUCAAUGUAACGAAGAAUCUGAGGACACCGUCUAUGAGGAUAUACCUUGAAGGAGAGUAUUGUAAGAGUAUUGAGAGUGCUAAGGCAAUACAAAAUGAGAUUGAGUGUGUGAGCAUCAGGGAUUUAUGCAUAUGUUCUGAGAUUUAUUAUGAUCCGGAAGUGAUGAGUACAGAUAUUGCAGAGGACAGGGACUUUGUAGAGGCAUAUUUUGAGUUUCCUGAUGAAGAGAUGGACUUUCUGGGAUUGUCACCGUACCUGAUAAGACUUGUGAUUGACAGAUCCAAGAUAGUUGGCAGAAGAAUCAAUCUUGAGGAAGUUGUUGGCGCAGUAAAGAGGAAUAUAAAAAGUGAGGCUCAUGUGAUAUGUAGUGAUGAGAAUGCAGUGAAUAUGGUUGUAAGAAUAAGGAUGAUGAAGAGUUCUGAAGAGUGUCUGAGCUUCUACACGGACUGCCUUGAAUUACUAUUGAAGCAGCAAUUUGGAGGAUACAAGAAUGUUAAAAAGGUUUAUAUAACGGAAGAUAAGGAUAGGAAGGAAUGGUAUCUGCAGACUGAUGGAGUAUGUCUAUCGAAGAUAUUAGGUCAUCUAGCAAUAAACAACAGACAUACGGUAUCUAACGAUAUGCUUGAGAUUGCAGAGACGCUUGGCAUUGAAGCAGCACGGGAGUCUAUUUUGAAUGAGCUUGCACUUGUUAUAGAUGGGAACGGAUCUUAUGUUAACUACAGACACAUGAGUCUACUUGCUGAUGUUAUGACUAUGAGGGGAUACCUAUGUGGAGUUACGAGGCAUGGAGUGAACAAGACGGGAUCAGGAGCAUUGAAGAGGAGCUCGUUUGAGGAGACAGUAGAGAUUCUGCUUGAUGCAGCAUUGGUAUCUGAAAGGAACUUUUGUAAAGGAAUAACAGAAAACAUAAUGAUGGGGCAGUUGGCACCUAUGGGGACAGGGAAUGUGGAGAUUAUGCUUGAUAUGAACAAGUUAGACAAGGCGAUUCCACUUGCAAAUCCGGUGUUUAAGGCGAAUGACCCUGAUACGCCAGUGAUAAACACUCCUAUGUCAGAUUCGUUUUCGAUCAGUAGCGGUGCCUGGAGCCCAAUGCACAUUGAUAUGGGAUAUAAUAGAGACAUUGUAGGAAGAAUAUCACCUACUAGUCCUGCUUAUUCACCUACUAGUCCUGCUUAUUCACCUACUAGUCCUGCUUAUUCACCCACUAGUCCGGCUUAUUCACCCACUAGUCCGGCUUAUUCACCUACUAGUCCUGCUUAUUCACCCACUAGUCCGGCUUAUUCACCUACUAGUCCUGCUUAUUCACCCACUAGUCCGGCUUAUUCACCUACUAGUCCUGCUUAUUCACCCACUAGUCCGGCUUAUUCACCCACUAGUCCUGCAUACUCGAUAACUUCACCAAGCUUUGCAGGCAAAAAUAAAAAUAAGGAUCAAGACGGAGAUAGAAAGAGGAAGAAUAGCCAUCCUUUUUGA